GAGGACAUCAAAUUCAAUCCCAGCGUUGAACAGUCAAGAUCAUUUCAAGCCCAGAAAGCAAAAAACCAAUAUUUCGCAACCAUGGCCUACGAAACUCUACUGAACACCACCUACAGCCCAGCCUGCCAGAAGAAGAACACCUACACCCCAGCCAAGGCCGUGAAGAAGCUCUUCAAGGUGGCCAGCAAAAUCUUCAAGGCAUCGGGCCACCAGCCCCUCAAGAACCAGACCAUCCCGACGGAGCUGCCCUCGCCAAUCUCCGAGGAAGAGUUGCAGAACUCGCUAAACGAGACCCUGGAAGCCGAGCUUGAACAACUGUGAUCUAGGAAAAUGGGAAAUCCUGUAAAAGCCCAUAUCCUGAACAGCUUUAAGACACCAUCGGAAUCGGUCUCUAAACAUCCGCAACAGCUUUAAAUCAAACUUAUGAAUACAUAAACACUCAGCUUUAAUCAUUGUCUUCCAUCUAUGCUUAAGAGUAUGAAUAAAUGAAUAAUAUUAAAACCGAAA